CUUUGAUUCCCAAUCCGUGAUUUCAACAAUACCCAGAAACAUUUUUAACUCAAUCCCUUCAAAAUAACACCCACCUCAGAAUUUUGGGCUUAAUCUCCAAACUGGGUUUCUGGUGAAGCCAUGAAUUUCAGAAGCUUAGAAGAUUUCUGGGUUUUUUACAUGAACCAGCACACGAAGCCAUGCACAAGGCGAUGGCACUUCAUAGGAACACUUUUCAGCAUUAUCUUGUUGCUAUGCUCUGUUCUCUUAAGCUGGUGGUUCUUGUUCCUUGUACCUUUCUCUGGGUAUGAAUGUGCCAUAUAUAGUCACUUGUUUGUUGAAGGGAAUUUUCCUUCAACUUUUAGAUACCCCUUUUGGUCUGUCUUAUGUAAUUUCAAGAUGUUUGGGUUUAUGAUCACUGGGAAUAUGGAUAGAGAGAUCAAAAGGCUUGGGAAGAGACCUGUGCUGCAAAUGUUCUGA